AUGUCAAAUGUCAAAAAAGGUUCUCACAUGUGGAACGAGAGGUUGGUAGAUGAGCAGAUCCGGAUAACGUGCCGUAAAAUAAUCAAGAAAGAAAGGAAAAAACUACUUAUGAUGAUAAUAAUGAUAUGGAAUAAUAAUUAUAUCAUGAUUUGCAAGCUAUCAAUAGGCCCAUUUUUUACUACGACUGUCUACCUUUACUUGCGUGAUCUUGUCAACCUCAAGUUCAAGUCGCGCCCGACUCCACCAUCAGGUCUCCACGCUUCCGGCUGUUUGGUUUGGUUUGGUUUGGUCUGGUCUGGUCUGGUCUGGUCUGGUUUGGAUUCGGAUUCGGAUUCAGAUACUAGUGCUGGGCUGAUCACAGACAAUGUUAUCCAGAACCUAGUACACAAGAUUUCUCGGGACUACAAUGCUGUCCGGGAAUUUCGGCUUGAUUAUCGUCUGCCCCUGUCGACCAAGAUCAAGACGAAGAGCCUGCUGCUAGCCCUUCAGUUAAACUUGAAUACUUCGUCUAUCACUUUGGUUUCAAACCUACUCGAUGUACAGCUGGCCAAUCUGUGCACCAACCUCGAAGAUUAUCUCUUUUCACUUUUUUAUUCCAACUUGCUCAGCGACAGACAGACAGCUCUACGUAUCCCGUUCACAAUCGAGGAUUAUGUGUGUGACGCACGCACCAACAUGGCGUACAUUGAGGAUGUAGUGGUACUGCUCUGGACGACCCCCUUUCUUCCGUCCGAGCAAUUUGAGUCGUUUAAUGUCCAAAAAACAUUGUUUGUGGUAAAUAAUGCUACAGUUAAUGAGGAUAGACAGUAUACCGGUAGAAAUUAUACAGACUAUGUCGACGGCUUGAAUGGAUUCCUCUUUAACAAACAAUCUGGCUACCAAAAGCGCAAUUAUGAUCGAGGAGGAUCGUCGGAGAUGAUGGGGUACUACUGUACGACUAAACAUACAAAGCUUAAGCAGACCAGUCUUGAAACACCCAUCAGAUAUACCGCCACAAAGACAUUUUGUGAGAAUAAGAAUAAUACCAAUAUUAAGAAUAAGAAUAAAAAUACGAAUACAAAUACGGAUACAAGUAUGAAUAAGAAUAAGAAUAAGAAUAAGAACAUGAAUAUGAAUAAGAAGAAGGCCCAUAGUUACAGUCCUGCCCAUCGCCACCGCACCCUUGAAAAGGUCACAACAUCUAUUCCGAAACAGACCGGGGUCUAUCCGGUACAGCCCAUUUUACGAGUAAUGUGCUUCUGGCCAGCUUAA